UGUUGUGUUGUCUCCGUUGUUCUGCGUCGAGCGGCAGGCGGAUGAUGACUGAUGAGGUUUCAAUCAUCGAUCAUUCGCACUUUUCCCCCAUCGGUUUGUCGUCGCGAGUGUCUUUUUCAAGAAUUUUUGCAUGUUUUUCGAUCCAAUCGCCAAAAUAAGUGGGAAUAUCAAGAACUGCUGGUUCUCGAUAAGUGCGUAAUCGGUAGAAUCAUCACAUUGAUAAGUGAAGAACAUUAAUGAGCGAAAAGUGUCGCUUCGAAGAAAAAGUGCUUGUGACAAAAGAAAGUUUGUCUUGUGGCCCCUCGGAAGGAUAGCGAAAAAGAACAUGACAUCACAUUCCAUUUCGACGCUGCAGCUGAAUCAAGAUCGAUGAUAAUGUUGCUGGCGAUGACGAUGAUGCACAGCUAGGCGUUGAUGAGUUGCGUUGGGUGGUUGGGUGGAAGAGCUAAUCCUCAAAGGAUUAUUCGUAUUUUGUUUACAUUUUUGAUGCGUUGAGAAGAAAAUUGAUCCAGCUGUACUGAAGCACUUGAUUGAAAGAAGAGUGAAAAGUGCUAUUAUUGUGACGUGGAAGCGUGAAAUUAAUAGUAAUAGGUGUCAAUAUGCCGGAAAGGAACAACGUAGAUUGGUCUCGGUACGGAUUAGGCAAUGAUGAUUCAUCCCCCACGGAUAGAGCCCGAACCAGGGGCAACGUCGGUGGAUUUGUAGACUUAGGUAACGAGUACGACUAUGGCGCCGGAGGACACCAUGCCUCCGGACGGGAUGAGAUUUUCGCCGAGGAUCAGGGUGAUAAGCCCUGGUGGAGGAGCAACUUCUUCAUAUCACAACCGGUGCUGUUCGGAACGUGGGACGGAGUAUUCACGUCCUGUUUGAUCAACAUCUUUGGAGUUAUUGUGUUUUUGCGUUCCGGAUGGAUUGUAGCCGAGGCUGGCAUUAUGCACGCCGUGUUGAUAAUUUUCUGCGCAGUGGCGAUUGCCCUGGUUUCGGUGCUGUCGGCGGUCGGAAUAUGCGAACGUUGUCGAGUGGAAAGUGGAGGAGUGUAUUUCCUGAUAGCCCACACGCUGGGAUCGCGAUUUGGAGGUUCGCUUGGAAUGUUGUACUGCUUCGGACAGGCAGUGGGAUGUGCACUGAAUGUGCUUGGUUUCGGAGAAUCUAUGGCCGGAUUGGUUGGCCUGGAGGGUAACAAAUGGGCCAUCCGAUUGUUCGCCAUUGCGGCUGUACUGCUACUAGGAGUUAUCAACGUGGCCGGUGUAAAGUGGGUCGUGAAAUUGCAGUUCGCUUUGCUAAUCAUUUUACUUGUAUCCGCAUUGAACUUCAUGGUAGGCAGUUUCACCGGAGAGGAUCCGGAACAUGGAUUCGACGGAUGGGGUCAAGGCCACAUGGCAUUAAAUCUUUGGCCGAAUUAUAGUGAAGGCACGACAUGGUUUACUGUGUUUGGUGUGUUUUUCCCAACAAUCACUGGCAUUCUUUCCGGAAUCAAUAUGAGUGGAGAUCUUCGAGCGCCGUCCACAGACAUUCCGAACGGAACACUAGCGGCGCUGAGUACGUCGACAUUCCUGUACAUGGUAUUUAUCCUAUUCCUGGGUGCCACUUGUGUAAGGUAUACCCUGCUAACGGACUUUAUGAUUGCGGUGAAAGUAUCCGCAGUGCCAUUCCUUCUCCUUGCCGGAAUCUACGUGUCCAGCAUGUCGUCCUGCCUUGGAGCAAUGUACGGAACCCCGAGAGUCCUACAGAGCAUUGCCAAUGAGAAUGUGAUUCCCGGAAUCGGUAAACUUGGCAUGGGUCGCGGUCCAAACAAAGUCCCCCUUUAUGCUAUGGCUGUGGUGGCCACCGUAACAACGACAUUCAUCAUCGUUGGUGACAUCAACACAUUGGCACCGAUCGUGACCAUGCCGUUCCUGUUGACCUAUGCGUGCAUCGAUUAUUCGUAUUUUGCCCUAGCGCAGACAUUUGACAUUCAAAACGUACGAGAGGAGCGCUUCAGAAUACAGGCGCAGAGUCCGUUGUAUGAGACUAGGAACUAUGGAACGACGGGAGACUACCAGGAAAAUAACGAUCUCGAUCAGUUGUUCCCGGAACGAACGCGGCAUAAAAAUCUUUCUAGUCCAACAAAUUCACCACAUCACGUGCCUUCAAGUACCGAAGCCAAUCGAAACGCUCGUCCAUUGGCGAAUGGGGGAACCGGCGGCAGUGGUUAUCCGAACGGAGGGCUAUCAAACAGCACAUCGAUGAACAGUGAAGUGAUAUUCCGCGAUGGAACCGGCAGUACAGCCGGAACCAAUUCGCUGUCCGAGGCAGAUGACGAACCGAUCGCCCCUAUAAGACCGCCGAUUCACUCGAAAACGAAAAAUUGGUACUCCGGCUUCUGCAAUCGAUGGGCCUCGCUGAUGGGCGCCGGCGUGAAGGUGUUCGUGAUGUUUCUGGUAAACUGGGUUUUUGCCCUGAUUUGCAUGGUAACUGUUUUCGUACUAUGGUUCUACGUCGGUACGGCGAAUCCCGCUGUCAAACCAGGACUAGCUCAUGAGUUCCGUUUCUUCGUGUGGCUCAAAAAUGCCGUUUUCAGAUGCUUUGGAAAACGGGUGCACGAUUACGAGCAGGUAGUGGUGACUCCUUCCUGUCCGAAUGUACCGUUGUCGGCCGCACAAUUGAACGAGGAGAACGAAGACUUCGCUUCGCGCCGAAGGUAUCAUCAGUCUGCCGUCGUGCAGGGUCACUACGUGGACGAAGUGUGAGUCCUUCCCCUAGAGGGGCCAAUUCAGGCAUUGAGCUAAACUUAUUUAACCUGUAAGGGUUGGAGUCAACCAAACACACAAACAUAACAACACUGAACAAUACUUCUAAUUGUGGUAGGUAGAAUCGCUGAUUAGGAUAAUAUUUGUACAUUUAUAUACAAAACAACAUUUCACCGGAAGACCACCAAAGCGAACUGAUAUAGUCUGAAGGACGUGGUCAAAAAUCGUAUUUUGUAUAAUCAAAGAAAAAAUUAAGAAAACAAAAGUGUUUAUAUUUAAUUGGUUUAGAUAUGUACGCGCAAUCUUUGAGCAAUAAGUGUGAAAAUUAACAUACUUCAUCUAAUGGUAAAAUUUCUUGUAUUGUAAAUAACUAUGUCUCCGCUAAUGCUGCUACUGAUUAAUUUUAGUUAAAAUAGCCUAUUUAUCAAGAUGACGAUUAUUUAUAACCUGUCCACUACCAGUGUAAUACGAAAGUAACUACGUUGAGAUUCGCAGCUGACUUAGGUAAACCUUAAGUUUUAAUCCAGCCUAAAACUGAGUUGAAUAAUAUAUCUGACCACAGUACGAAAGCGUAUCGCAUAUUCUUAGGAUAAGCGAUGUGAUGCACUUAAACCUACUAUGAUGCACAGUAACGCACUUUGGCUUGCUUUUUCGUUUUAAUGUCUCAGUUCAGAACGUAUUUUGUUAUUUGCGGCGCAAAUCAUUCCUAAUUUUAUUCGCAAUCAAUUAGCAAUAAAUAAUUCUUGUACACA